AAAGUGGUCGAGAAGACGUGGAACGAACCGGUGACCUCACCCGCAUUUCCCGCUCCAGGGCCUCGCGGCUCCCCUCCGCGGGUGACCUCCAUCAUCCCUUCCUCUUCCUGGAGCCUGAGCGCCGGCUCGCGCCUCGCGCCCUCGGGUUUUCCCACGCUCCGGCAGCGCGAGGUGCGAGCUGCGCAGACCGCUGCGCACGCGCAGAAUCGUGGGGCUAGGGCGGGGGGCAGAGUGGGGAGGAACUUGGAGAGCCAGAAGAGAAGCGGUUCUUCAGCAGGACCCCCUCCUCCCAGCCUCUGUCCCAUUACUGGGCCGUCUCACCUUUUCCCCACGCCCACCCUAAUUCCCUCCCUCUACUCGCUCAUUGGACUCGACCCUUGCCCAUCCCGCCCCUCGCUCUUGCUCCAACCCCCCCCCUUCCUCACUCCUCCCUCCCCCCAUUCCUCAAUCUUUGAACGUACUUAGGGUCACAGUGGGGGGAUUGACACGCACCGCUGUUGGAGGCUCCUGAAAAGAGGCAGGACUCUCCCCUUUCCCGCCGCCUCCCGCAGCUGUCCCUUCCGAACCUCACCUAUACCUGCACCUCUCCACCACCCUCCCCUCCCAGCCCCACCCCAACCAGCUCCCUCCUAGGCUCGCUCGCCAGACCGACUGCUGGAGGCGCGAGGAUGCGCUCCCUGCGAGCUCUCCGGGGAGCUCUGCACGGGCCAAGUGGACAGCCUCCCGGGCGGAGAGGAUGGGGUCCCUUGGCCCAGGGACCCCUCCUUGUUGGAAACGUUCGCCACCAUCUGAAUGAAGCCGCCGCCGCGGCGCAAGCCAGAGAGAUGCUGAACAGCCACCAGCCGCAGCAUCAGAAGGAACAACCAGGAAGGAGUGACACUGAAGCUGGGGGCUCCCAGAUGGAGACAUGGGAGAGGAGGAAAGCCGUCCCCUCUGGGCCCCAAAGUGAUUCAUCAGAGAGUGGCAUGCUGUCCCGCCUGGGUGACCUGCUCUUCUACACCAUUGCUGAAGGACAAGAAAGGAUCGCCAUCCAUAAGUUCACUGCUGCACUGAAAGCCACCGGGUUGCAGACAUCAGAUCCCCGGCUCCGGGACUGUAUGAGCCAGAUGCGGCGGAUGGUUCAAGAAUCCAGCAGUGGGGGUCUCUUAGACCGUGAUCUCUUUAGGAAAUGUGUGAGCAGCAACAUUGUGCUCCUGACCCAGGCGUUCCGAAAGAAGUUUGUCAUUCCUGACUUUGAGGAAUUCACAGACCAUGUGGAUCGCAUCUUUGAGGAGACCAAAGAACGCACAGGAGGCAAGGUGGCAGCCUACAUUCCCCAACUAGCCAAGUCAGAUCCUGAUCUAUGGGGUGUCUCACUAUGCACAGUGGAUGGACAAAGGCACUCAGUAGGACAAACUAAGAUCCCCUUCUGUCUACAGUCCUGUGUGAAGCCUCUCACUUACGCCAUAUCUGUCAGCAACCUGGGCACUGAGUAUGUGCAUAAAUACGUGGGCAAAGAGCCCAGUGGUCUACGUUACAAUAAGCUUUCCCUCAAUGAAGAAGGAAUCCCUCAUAAUCCAAUGGUAAAUGCUGGUGCCAUUGUUGUGAGUUCCCUGAUAAAGAUGGACUGCAAUAAAGCAGAGAAGUUUGAUUUUGUGUUGCAGUAUCUAAACAAAAUGGCGGGAAAUGAAUAUAUGGGUUUCAGCAAUGCUACGUUCCAGUCGGAAAAGGAAACUGGGGAUCGGAAUUAUGCCAUUGGCUACUAUCUCAAGGAGAAGAAGUGUUUUCCUAAGGGAGUUGACAUGAUGGCUGCAUUGGACCUCUAUUUCCAGCUGUGUUCAGUGGAGGUGACAUGUGAAUCGGGCAGCGUCAUGGCAGCCACACUCGCCAACGGCGGAAUCUGCCCUAUCACGGGCGAGAGCGUGCUGAGUGCUGAAGCUGUUCGCAACACCCUCAGCCUCAUGCAUUCCUGUGGCAUGUAUGACUUCUCUGGACAGUUUGCCUUCCAUGUGGGCCUUCCAGCCAAGUCUGCAGUGUCAGGAGCCAUCCUGCUUGUGGUACCUAACGUCAUGGGGUUGAUGUGCCUGUCACCUCCAUUAGAUAAGGUGGGGAACAGCCACAGGGGAAUCAGCUUCUGCCAGAAGCUGGUAUCUCUCUUCAACUUCCACAACUAUGACAAUUUGCGGCACUGUGCUAAGAAGCUGGACCCUCGACGUGAAGGAGGAGAAGUACGGAACAAGACUGUGGUGAACCUGCUUUUUGCUGCCUACAGUGGAGAUGUUUCAGCUCUUCGAAGGUUUGCCCUAUCAGCCAUGGACAUGGAACAGAAGGACUAUGACUCCCGCACAGCACUACAUGUCGCUGCAGCAGAAGGACACCUGGAGGUUGUCAAGUUCCUGGUGGAAGCCUGCAAAGUAAAUCCUUUUGUGAAGGACAGGUGGGGCAAUAUUCCCCUGGAUGAUGCUGUGCAGUUCAACCAUCUGGAAGUGGUCAAACUGCUGCAGGAUUACCAGGACUCCUACACUUUGUCUGAGACUCAGGCUGAGGCAGCGGCUGAAGCCCUGUCUAAGGAAAACCUGGAGAGCAUGGUGUAACAGGGACUAUCCCCGCCCUUAAACAAGAAUCAACAGGAAUGAAGUCUACUUGGCUUCAGUGAGGGAAGAGGGGAAGUCAGCUUGAUGUCUUAGGCCAGAGCCUAUUAGAGGAGUUAUCACACUGUCCCCAGUCCCUUCGCCUCCCCCACAUCAUGAGCCAGAUCCACGCCCCCACUUUUUCAGACAAAGCCCAAAGAGGGGCCCUGGUGGCCACUGCCAGUUUUUGAAUUGGGUUUUGGCCAGAAGGCUUGGGUUUCUGCAUGGUGCAAGUAAGUACUUUGACUGAAUUAGCAUCCCCAGGGGUUUACCUAGGUUUCUUCUUAGAUACAGCCAGUUCUCAUUUAAGUAAGUGAACCUUUCCACAGACCUCCUUCUCCCUACCUCUCCUUCCCUUAGAGCUCUUAGAGGCUUGCACCUCCCUACCCCACCCCCAGCCAGAGUGGCAUCAGUGCCUACAGUGGAGGACCCCUGGCACACAUCCCUGCCACUGCUUGCUGGGAGCCUGAGCCACAGGGCUGGCAGGAGUUGAAUUUGCAUAAUACAAGAACUAUCUGUAUUCUGUUUCUUCUCCCUGACUUCAUGUCUGAAGAAACAUAUUAAAGAGAGGAAGAAUGCACUGAUGAGAAGCCUUGGGUUGUUACACCUCUCUUAUAAGUAUAUACCAAGGAGAAAUGGGGAAAGCUGAGAAGCCUGGUUUCAAGGAGGCUGAAGUGUACUAUACGCCCUUCAGCCAGGAUAUAACGCUGCUAAUAGUUCUUUUAUAGAUAGAGAAAGUAUUUUGUGAUCAAAUAAAAUUUUAAUUACACAAAUCACUAUUUUUGUUAAACCCAGCCCUCUCCCUUUCUCCUUUGAUGAGGGGUGUUUAGCCACCAGCACUACAAUAGGAAGGGCCAGAUUGUGUACAGAAUGUAUAUUUAUACAGUAAUAGCCACUAUAUAUACUUCAAACCUUGCUUUAUAGGUUCUCCUUUCUUCUAGGAAAAGGCAAAGAUCACAUUCUUCUAAUUAGGGGGUGAAGGGGACAAUGGGUCCAUGACCCAAAGAAUACUAUUUGUCGUAUCAUUUGACUAAAACUGAAAAUUUUCAAGUGUCUCUGCCAAACAUGAGUUAGGGGAGUCCUCCUGCCCAGCAGCCCCUUUACAAAAUCCUCAAAGGAAGGAACGCCAAUUCCCAGUACCAAUGACUUAGCUAAUCCCUAAGUUUUCUCCGUUGUCCUCCACAAUUGUAACUGACUGAUUGGAUGUAGGAAUCUGGACAGGCAGAAAGACUCAUGGAUGUUCCCAGUUGGAGCUGUGUGGGGCUAACAGGUUAUGUGGUUCUGAGGUUGUUGGGGUCAGGGCCAUGUUCUCAGGCUACAGCACACUGAGUCAAUAAAGCACUUGUGAAUGAGUUAAAA